GUGAAAAAAAUUAACAUUAGAAAGAUUGCCUGUUUUGCUCGUACUCUAAACAUUGCUGCUCAAAAGCUGUAUACUAUACCAGUCAUCUCAAAGUGGGCAGGAAGAAUCCGAGCUACAGUGGUGUGGUUAAAACGGUGCAGCUUGGCCAAACCUAUCCUUAAACAGAAGCAGCGUCUUCUUGGUUAGUAGAAAUCAAAGUGGACUAAACUUAGUUUCAAAAUGAUAUGGCUAAGUCAAUCAUUCAACUAUUACAGCAAAUACACAACCUGUUUGUAAACCACACACACCAUCUUUCUUUAGGUCUUCCAGAACAUGCUGUCAUUUUAGAUGUGAAGAACAGGUGGAAUAGCCUGUUCCUGAUGGUGGAGCGAUUUCUGGAGCAGUUUCCUGCUAUCCAGGCAGCCUCCAUGGACCCUCGGUUAAAAAAAUCAAUGGAGAAGGACAGACUGGAGAGACUUUCUGAUGAGGAUUUUAGAAAAGCAGAACAAUUUGUCAGAGUUAUGAAGAUACUAUAUACUUCAACCGUCUGCAUCUCUGCUGAAAGGAGUCCAACUUUGGGCCAGAUUCUGCCCAUUUUGGGGAAGCUCCAGCAUCGCUUCACAGUUACUGAUGAGGACACCUCCUUCACACAAGCUAUCAAGGAAAAGAUCUGGGGUGAUGUCUCAAAAAGAUACCAAGUAUGUUGCAUAUUUUUUUCUUUAGGUUUACUAUACUCAGACAUCCUGACUACUAAUAUACAUUUCUGCUUUUGUCUAGCAGGAUGAGAGAAUCAGGCAGUUCUUGGAGGAGGGCACAGCCUUAGACCCGAGAUUCAAGAUGAAAGUAGGCGAAGAAGUGUGGACCAGAAUACAAGAGGAGCUCAUGUGUAGAACCUCACAACAGGCCCAGCAGAUGAAGCAGGAGGUUGAGGGGACAGCUGGUCACCGUGAUGACAACUCCUCUGAUGAAGACUGUGGAGCUGCAGUAGGAACACUGAAAAAGCCAAAGCUCUCUGCUCUUGAGGAGCUAUUUGCUGAUGAAGACAUGGCAGUUGAAAUGAGACAAGAGAACAGUUCUAGCUACCCAGACAAGAUUCAAGAGGAGAUCCAGCGGUACAGAGGUCUACCGUCUACCCCAACUUCUGUGAAUGCAGUGACCUGGUGGUGGAAUGUGAGGGACACUAUGCCAAUGCUAUCAAACUUGGCAACCAGGUAUCUCUGUGUGCAAGCAUCAUCCACACCCUCAGAGCGUACAUUUUCUACUGCUGGAGACACCAUCAGCCAGGAGCGGGCUUGUUUGUCUCCUGAGAAAGCAGACAUGUUAAUCUUUCUGAAGAAGAACUGCUAAGAAUUUAACAGUGAGCAUUAG